AUACGGAGACGGUCUCCCUGAAACCCGGGCGGGUUAUUUUUGAGACCGAAAGGAGAGAGAUGGCGGAAGGAGGAGCCGGGAAGAGUGGGGAGGCCCCGGCGACCGUGGAGGCGACGAUGACGAUAAAGAAGGCACCGAGGGCAGAGGUGGAGGAGCUUCCGAAGGCGAUUGUGCGCCGCGUGGUGAAGGAUAAACUCUCCCAGUUGGCUUCCGGAGGAGAGGAAGAGGAUGUGUCGGUACAAAAGGAUGCGCUGCUUGCCUUCUCGGAGAGCACUCGCAUCUUCAUCCACUAUGUCUCUGCCACGGCAAACGAUAUCUGCAAGGAAUCAAAGAGACAGACAAUUAAUGCUGAUGAUGUUCUCAAGGCACUCGAGGAAAUUGACUUUCCUGAAUUCGUUGAGCCGCUAAAAGUUGCUUUGGAGGAUUUCAGAACAAAGAAUGCAGUAAAGAAGUCUGGAUCAAAGGGAAGACAAACUAAGAAGCGGAAAGUAGAUGAGUUGUCCACCCAGAAUGGGGAGGAUGGAGGAGAUGGUUCAGACGAGUAAGCAGGGAAGACAAAGCGCCAAUGAUUAGACACGCCGCUUCCAAACAACGCAAUCUAUUUACUUGCUCAGAGGUUAUACUCCAAUGAUCAGCUGCUAUCGAGGUCUUACUCUUGAAACGACUAUAGAUCCUGAGUUGGUUGUUUAUUUGUUCUAAAAGGCCAUAUUUAGUCUCAUAUUCAUCUAAGACUUGGGAGUGCUCAGGUCAGAUAAAAAACUAAAGAUAAAUUUUCUACUACAGAUGGGGACGUCUUUUGAUAUAUUUAGGAGGAAAACCAGUCCACUCUAAAAUGGACAAUUGGUUGCAGCUCUUAUGUACAGUACAAAUGAACAUGUAUUGAUACGACUGUCCUAUGCCAUCCUAUCCUAUCUUUUAUAAUCCCUGAUUUGUUGA